AAUCACUGAAGGCAUAGAAAGACAAAAUAUUUACACCAUUUCCUCCUAACAAUUAUGAUGGCUGAUAAGUUUGUUCUGACCUCAAAUCAGAAUGGGCUGAUAUUCAAUCAAAAAGACGCCCACUAUAGUCUUUAUCAAUUGCACUUUGUCACCUAUUAGUCUUUGUCAUCUAUUAGUCACGAAGGAGCAAAAUAUAAAUUCGGCAAGUGUGGCCAAACUCUUCACUGGUUCUUCGGAUCCUCUCAGUAAGGUUCAUAGGCCCAGCAGACUGCCUCAACAAACAGCACAAUGACAAAAUUUCUCACAGCUCUGGGCGUCCUCCUAGCCCUGCACAUGGCUUCUUCCAAUAAGUUGGUGUGCCACAUGACCAACUGGGCCCAGUAUAGACCUGGCCACGCCAAGUUCACCUCAGACAACAUUGACCCCUUCCUUUGCACGCAUGUUAUCUACACGCUUGCCACCAUCAACGGCCUCAACCAAAUUAGCACCAUUGAGUGGAAUGAUCAGCAGCAGUAUGCCAGACUCAACAACCUCAAAAAAUUUAAUCCGGCACUAAAGACUCUGCUGUCAGUUGGAGGCACGGUCAACGGAAUGAGCCCAUUCAUAGCCAUGGUUGCCAGGCCCGAGAGUCGUGCUGCCUUCAUUAAGUCAGCCAUCGGCUUCCUGCGAACUCAUAACUUUGAUGGUCUGAAUCUGGCUUGGGAAUAUCCGGCGCACAACGGGAGCCCAGAGCAGGACAGGGAAAGGUUCACUUUGCUGGUCAAGGAAUUGGUUGCAGCUUUUGAGAAGGAUGCCAAAGACACCAGAAAGACUCAGUUACUGCUAUCAGCCAAUGUCGCCUCAAUCCGCGACACCAUCGACAGAGCUUAUGAGGUCAAACUGAUUGCACCACAUUUUGACUUCAUUAACCUGAUGACCUACGACUACCACGGACACUGGGAGGCAGCCACCGGACACAACAGCCCUCUGUACUCAAGUUCAAUGGACAUGGGAAAUCAUGUACACCAUAAUAUUAACUCUACUGUGUCCCAUUGGCUGGCUUUGGGAGCACCAGCAGAGAAGCUGCUCCUGGGUUUCCCUUCAUUUGGAAGAACGUACCGCCUUACUACUGGUUCUGCUGGCCUGGGAGCCCCAACAAACGGACCAGCUGACGCCGGGCCCUACACUCGCACUCCCGGUUUCUGGGCUUUCUAUGAGGUCUGCAACUUCCUCACUAGUGCUCAUACUGAAUGGAUUGAAGAACAAAAAGUUCCAUAUGCCACCAGUGGCAGUUCUUGGGUAGGCUAUGAUGACAAAAGCAGCUUCUCAUCCAAGGUUCAGUGGAUGACCGGCAUGAACCUGGGAGGUGCCCACGUGUGGACUCUUGACAUGGAUGACUUUAGUGGAUCCUUCUGUAGAGCUGGCUCGUAUCCACUCAUCAACCACCUCAGGAUGUCAAUGGGCUUCUCCCCUAAGCCCACCACCACCGCAGCUCCGACCACCACUAGAGACCCCAUUGCUGAUUUCUGUCGCGGCCGCCCGGAUGGUCUAUACACAAACCCAGCUGACAAAGGCACCUACUUCCAGUGCUACUUGGGAAACACCUACCUGCACCGCUGCCAGCCUGGUCUUAUCUACUAUGACUCCUGCAAGUGCUGCAACUGGCCUUGACGCAAAGUUGUUGAAAUACAUGUUUGAGGAAAUGUCUGCAAUGUUAAGUGAACACCUUGAACAAAGUAUAACAGCUGAACUGCCAUGAACUCACUGAACAAAAUUAAAAAGAAUAUAUCGCUAU